GAAGCAUUUGCUGUGAGCAUCACCGAGAGUCUCAAGAUGUCAGAGAAUCAACCCAAUAACCACCAUCAUCCGAUGAACAAUAAUGGGGGGGCAGGGGCCCCUGCUGGGAACAACCGGGGGGUCCGUAACCUCAACCAGAAUCCGCUGAUUAACGUCCGUGAUCGCCUCUUCCAUGCGUUGUUCUUCAAAAUGGCUGUGACCUAUGCCCGUCUCUUCCCUCCCUCCUUCCGUCGCAUCUUUGAAUUCUUCGUCCUUCUCAAGGCCCUGUUUGUGCUCUUCAUCCUGGCGUACAUCCACAUCGCCUUCUCUCGCUCGCCGAUCAACUGCUUGGAGCACGUCCGGGACAAGUGGCCGCGGGACGGCAUCCUGAGGGUGGAGAUCCAGCGCAACUCGACCCGGGCCCCCAUCUUCCUCCAGUUCUGCGAGAACGAGAAAUUCCCAGGCAUGAUGGUAGACGAGGAAGAGGAGGAGGAGGAGAUGACAGUGGAGAUGUUCGAGAACAGCUCCGUCAGGUUUGAGUUAGAUAUCGAGCCCAACGUGUUCUUCAAGCCGCCCCGGGCCGGCGGCGCCAAGGUGCUGGCCCAGAACAAAAGCCAGGAGUUCUCGUUCAGCGGCAUGACGGCCCCUAAAGGUAUGCAGCCCCUCAGCGAGACCAUGUCCGAGUUUGAGAUGCUGGCCAAAGCAGUGUGGCCCCAGGAAGAGUACAUCGUGGAGUAUUCCUUGGAGUACGGCUUUCUGCGCCUGUCUCAGAGCACCCGCCAGCGCCUCGGCAUUCCCGUCAUGGUGGUGACCUUGGAUCCCACCCGAGACCAGUGCUUUGGGGACCGGUUCAGCCGCCUCCUCCUGGACGAGUUCCUCGGUUACGACGACAUCCUCAUGUCCAGCGUGAAGGCCUUAGCCGAAAACGAAGAGAAUAAAGGCUUCCUCCGCAACGUGGUGUCUGGGGAGCACUACCGCUUCAUCAGUAUGUGGAUGGCUCGGACCUCCUACCUGGCCGCCUUCGUCAUCAUGGUGAUCUUUACCCUGUCCGUCUCCAUGCUCUUGCGAUACUCCCAUCACCAGAUCUUCGUCUUCAUAGUGGACCUGCUACAGAUGCUGGAGAUGAACAUGACCAUCGCCUUCCCGGCAGCCCCUUUGCUGACCGUCAUCUUGGCGCUCGUAGGCAUGGAAGCGAUCAUGUCAGAGUUCUUCAACGACACCACCACGGCCUUCUACAUUAUCCUGAUUGUGUGGCUGGCUGACCAGUAUGAUGCCAUCUGCUGCCAUACCAACACCAGCAAGAGGCACUGGCUGAGGUUUUUCUAUCUGUACCAUUUUGCUUUCUACGCCUACCAUUACCGAUUCAACGGGCAGUACAGCAGCUUAGCACUGGUGACCUCAUGGCUUUUCAUACAGCAUUCCAUGAUCUACUUUUUCCAUCACUACGAAUUGCCAGCCAUCCUGCAGCAGAUCCGGAUUCAAGAGAUGCUGCUCCAGAACCAACAGGUGGGCGCCCAGACCACCCUCCAGGACAACCUCAACAACAACAUGACAGUCGCCCCCACUGAGCCAGGCAGCAGGCCGCCCUUGCUGCCCGCGGGGCCUGCUGGAGAAGGGCCCCCCCCCCUGGCUUCCGGGGAGGGCCAUGCCACGGCCAUCGCCACCUCCCUGGGAAGUGACGUGAACUGGGUGGCGGAGACGGCAGCCGUCAUCACGGAAGCCGCCUUCCUCUCCAACUUGAGCGCCUCCCUCUUGGAUGCGAGCGCUGUGCCUGGCGGGAGUUCACAAGACUCGGCAGCGGCUCUGUCAAAUGUGGCGGCCCGGAUUCUGACUAGUGGCGACCGCGAGGAGAUUCCUGCGGGGUCUGUUGCCGCGGAGACUGCUUUCCUGGCCGCGUCGGCCUUAACUGUCGAGACUUCUGCCUCAGAGCGGGCGCCCGCUGCUGCUCCUCUUCUGCACGAGGGUGCUCCUGGCGCCCUGCCCGAGGGCUCAGCUGACCUCAGCGAGCCUCAAGUCACAAACUCGGUUGACUCCGCUUUCCGAAGGCUGCUGGAAGGACCAGGGGAGGCGAACUUGUGCCCGGCACCGCCGGACAGUACGCCAUCCUCGGGACUGGAUCCCAACCACUGCUCCUGA